AUGGCCUUGAGACUCUUGUCCGCACGUGUUAUGCGUCCUUACGCUCCUGUCUUGCGCCAAUCCGCUAACUUGGCUGCUUUCCGCACUUAUGCCACCAAGCGCUACACCGACGACCACGAAUGGAUCUCUGUUGAGGAUGGUGUUGGUACCAUCGGUAUCACUGAUUAUGCCCAAAAGGCUCUUGGUGAUGUUGUGUUCGUUGAGUCCCCUGUUGUUGGCAAGACCGUUGGCACCAAGGAACAAAUUGGUGCUGUCGAGUCCGUCAAGGCUGCCAGUGACAUUUACUCCCCUGUCGAAGGUGAAGUUGUCAACGUCAACGAGGCUUUGGAGAGCGAGCCUUCUUUGAUCAACACCAGCCCUGAAGAAGAAGGUUGGUUGGCCAAGAUCAAGCUUUCUAACCCUGAGCAAAUUGAGAGCCUUAUGGAUGAGAAGGCUUAUGCUGAGCACUGUGCUGCUGAAGAGGAUCAUUAA